AUGUUCUUAAUUUUUUUUCAUUUUUAUUUUUUUUUCAUUUUUAACAUUUCUUUUUUUCCACCAAAAAAUAUUCAAAGAUUUCCCAAAAAUAUUGAAAAUGUGGACACCAGGAGUUUCACUGUGAAAAUAUAUUUAUUUUCCACAUUUUCAAACUUUAAAACGGGUCCGUUUUUGUGAGCAGACUAGAAGAAACCACAGAAGCUUUAAUUUGUAAUUUUGUGUUUUAUUUACAAUCUUCUCGCGUUAUCUGUUGUGCUGAAUCUGCAUUUUUACAAAUCUGUCAGAUAAAUGAGUAUAAACAACAAGAUUUGCCUCUGAAAUGUGGUACAGUGGAAAGAGAAAGUAGCAAAACGUGGAAAUACUCAAGUAUAGUAAGUCAAACUUGUACUUAAUUACAGUACUGGAGUAAAAGUACUUAGUUACUUUCCACUGCUGCUCUGACUAUAGGUUUUUAUUAGCAGAGUUGAGAGUUGAGAAUAAUGAUGCUGUGUGUUGUUGUUUUGCACAUGACAGAAGGAACCAGCAACACACACACACACACACACACACACACACACACCAACCACCAUGUGGUGGUUCCAGCAGGGUCUGUGUUUCCUUCCUGCUGCUCUGGUCGUCUGGACGGCGGCGUCCUUCGUCUUUGCUUACAUCACAGCGGUGGUGCUGAGACACGUGGAUCCUCUGGUGCCCUACAUCAGUGACACAGGAACGAUGGCGCCAGAGAGGUGUGUGUUUGGCAUCAUGUUGGACGUGUCGGCCUUUUUAGGUAUCGCCACAGUGUACGUCCGUUACAAACAGGUAGAGGCUCUGACAGGUGAAGACGAGGUCAGACUCCGCAGACUGAACCUGUUUGGGCUGAUCCUGGGUCUGAUCAGCUCCUUUGGGAUGUGUGUGGUGGCAAACUUCCAAAAGACCACUCUGUUCUCGAUGCACCUGGUCGGGGCCAUUCUGACCUUCGGGAUCGGAGCUCUCUACAUCCUGGUCCAGACGCUGCUGUCCUUCCACAUGCAGCCUCACGUCCACAGCAGAACCACCUACCUGGUCCGGCUCACCAUCGGGUUGUGGACGCUGGGCAGUAUCAUCAGCAUGUUUGUGUCGUCAGUCAUCAUGUACAGCAGCCUGUCAGGGGUGGACGUCCCUCGCAAGCUUCACUGGACUCCUGGAGAACCGGGUUAUACGGCUCAUAUCGUCAGCACAGUGUCUGAGUGGUGUCUGGCCUUCUCCUUCAUCAGCUUCUUCCUCACCUACAUCAGAGAUUUUCAGAAAAUUAUCCUACGAGCCGAAGCCGUGGUGCAGAGCAGCCACCUCUAUGAUUGGCCACACGGAGGCGCCACAGCGUCGAAUCAGAACAAACGAGACUCGUCUGAAUCUUCUCCUCUGCUGGCAGGAUCCACGUGACCGGCAGCCUGGCCUCCUGUAAAAAAUGCUUCUACUUCUAUUUUCACCUUUUUCUAACUAUUUGAAAGCUUUUUAUGUUGUUUCUAAAGACGGUGGAGGCUUUUAAAGAGUCGGUUCACACAAAGAAAUUCUCCCUAUAUUUAUACAUAUUCAGCUUCUGUAAUGGUUCUGUACCUAAAGCUCACAGCACCAGAAAACAUAAGCAACAGACUCCAGUAAUCCAGUAACUGAUUUUAAAACCAAAUAAGACGCUUUUGCACCUUUUCCUCAAACUGUGUCGCCGUCGCUGCACUUUAUAUAAAAAUCAUUCUAAGAUUUUUUACCGUCAUUUAAAGGAUUUUAGCGGCACUUCUUUUACCAUCUGUGAGUCCUUUGGAGGCCAUUUGGUAAUAAAACUCAGAGUUUCUAUCCUGUUAGUUUCUGUCAUUUAGCUGCUUUAUGCAUUUUUAAUUAUUAUUUUAUGGCAGUUUGCAGGAUUAGAACUGGUCUGAUAACUGAUAAAUGAGGUGAUGGUAACUGACCUGUAAUAUGAUGCUGCAAUAAUCAGCUCAGGAAAUAUUAGUAUUUUAAUAUUUAUAAAAGCAAUACAUUUGUAUAAACAGUAAUAAUUUGCUGAUUUUCCAUUUAAUUUCCGUGUCUUUAAACAGUGAUUUUAGACUUCAAUACGCUAAACUAGCAGUUAAAAAGCAGUUCAGUCAGCUGGUCAGAUGUUUUCUUACUUUUCUUUCUGCAGUUUAAGAUUUUACUUUAUUUAUGGAGCACAACAAACUCAAUUAAAAACAAACUGAGCAUCAAAACAGUUUUUAAUAAUUGCAUAAACUGUACAAAGCCACUAAAUUAGCUGGAUACCAUCUCUGCAGUUUUUUUUUUUUUUAAUCUGCUUUGUCUAAAAAAUGAACCAUAUCUAUGUUAUUACAAUUAUCAUAAAUUAACAGCCACACAGUGAACUGGGGGGAUUUGGAUCCAGUUUUCCAAUAAUGGAGCCUGAUAAUCAGACAGAGCUUCUAUUUCAUGUUGUGUUCUGUUAACGUGACAUUAACACUGACUGAAGACAUACAUUAAUUUAACCCUCUGAACCUCAAAACCUGCCGGCGGGUUUGAAACACAUUUUAUCUCUAAAAGGAAGAAAAAAGAUGACACCAUUUAUGAACCUGAAGCCUUUUGCGACACCAAUCCUUUGGAAAAUUGAGCCAGAUCUCAGCUUAAAAUCAUGAUAUUUUGUCAAAAUCACUUUUAAAACAUCUCAUUUAAAAACUCGACAAUAAUUAACCCCUUGCUCUAAUCAAAUUCUGUAAAAAACUAAAAAUUCAGAGCUCCUCACAGCCAUCAGUGACUCAACUACGACCAACAGUCAAGUGACAAAAAUUCAUUGUUUUCAGCUGAAAUACAGGAAAUGUUUUUACAGAGCAGAGAGGAGACAUGUAUAGGAACUAAAUAAAAACAUAAAUAAUUAAAUACCUAUAGUCUGCAAAGUCGCCAUUUUUUCCAGUGUUGACAACUUUCCUUCAAGACUAAUGAGUUUUUAUUUAAUUUAAUGCAUCUAAACAGUUGGAAAAAAUGCUAUACAAUUUGAUUCCACAUAUAGAUAUAUUAUUUUUUAAAAUUAAAACAUUUUAUAACUGUGUAAAAUAACACACAAGAUAUUUCUGAGUUCUCUCUUGUAUUAUGUUUCCAUAGGACUUUAGAUUGCAGUGAAAAAUGAACCACAGUGAGUAAAAGUGAGUCUACAGUGAGGGAAAAUUAGCACACCAUGAUGACAAAUGAGCCCAUGAUGACAAAAAAUAAGCUACAGUGAGUAAAUAUGAGCCCACAGUGAUAAAUAAUUAGCCAACGGUGAUGAAAAGUUUAACAACAGCGAACAAAAUUAAGAAACUGUUUGGGGUUCAGAGGGUUUAGAGUCUUUAGGGUUAGGGUUAGAUAAUUUUCUGUUUCUGGCACUGAAAAACAAAAGUGUCCAUUUUUAAAAUCUCCAUUCAGGGGAAGAGUCACUUAUGAGCAGCAGAUUUAUUAUUAAAUCACUAAGUCAGUCGCAGAUGUUGGUGAUUCCGAUGAUUUAGCUUGAAGGUAUGGCACGAGCACAGAAGAUGUUCAGCCAUCAGAGUCGUUCCUGGACCCUGGGAAC